AAAUGUAAAGCACCAGUUUCCUUAGAUACGAAGGAAACAACACAAACUCUGCAGACGAUAACCAAGCCAGCAACUCGCCGUAGUUAAAGAGUCACCAGAUUUUUGUUCCUGUUGAAUAACAAACAAACGGAAUAUGGGACUCUUAUCAAUCUUGAGGAAACUGCGCUCCAAUCCGGAUAAAGAGUUGCGUUUGCUUCUUCUGGGGUUAGACAACGCUGGAAAAACAACGAUUUUAAAAUCUUUGGCCAACGAAGACAUUACACAGGUAACGCCAACUCAGGGGUUCAAUAUAAAAAGCGUGCAAAGCGAGGGUUUCAAGUUGAACGUCUGGGAUAUAGGCGGUGCUCGAAAAAUUCGACCGUACUGGCGAAAUUAUUUCGAGAACACGGACGUCCUGAUAUACGUCGUGGACAGCGCCGACAUAAAGAGACUAGAGGAGACGGGCCAAGAGUUAUCCGAACUUUUGCUGGAAGAGAAACUACGCGGAGUUCCGUUAUUGGUGUACGCGAAUAAACAGGAUCUCGGACAGGCUGUAACCGCAGCUGAAAUCGCAGAAGGCCUGGGAUUGCACAAUAUCAAGGAUCGCGACUGGCAGAUACAGUCGUGCAUCGCCACCGAAGGGAAAGGCGUAAAGGAGGGCCUCGAGUGGGCGUGCAAAAACAUCAAGAGGAAGUAACGGCGAAGGAUGGGUGGAGGUUGCAAGGUGGAACGAAACGGUCCGCGAUGUGUCUUAUACAUCCAUCAUACGUUUUAUUUGGCUUUUACCUAAUAUUUACAAGAGCUGUUGCAGACAAAACGCCUUAUAAAUUCGGUGCAAACGGGCGCGCGCCAUCGAACAGAUUUCAAACGGAUUUCCGUCUCUUCUCGAGCUCUCCUUGGCUCGAAAUUACGGUGCCCUUAAGAACUCGUCUGUUGUAACGAAUCACGGUCUUCUCGUGAAAUAGAAUUUGUAUAGGUUCCUUCAGUGGAAAUAAAUAUAAUGAAAAGUCAAAGUAAUCGUAAUCAGUGC